CGUCACAUCCGGCUCUCGCUGGUGUUUUGUUUUGGUGGCGGAGGCAGGGCGGGACGGUGCUGACGGCUGGAGGACCGAACUUGAGCAGCACGAGAGGAGGAGUUGGAGCCCCGGAAAACACCGACCGACUCCGUCCGUCCGUGCAGUGCUGCAGUCAGGGACAUCUACGUCUGUAAACAAAAGCUGUAAUAAAACAUUGAGACAUGUCAGCCAGUCGUCAGCAUAGUGAGAGCCGGGCCAUCCCUACCAGCAGGACGGUGCUGGACAACGACACAACCCAACUACCUCAUGACUACUGCACCACCCCUGGAGGAACCGUUUUCUGUACCACUCCUGGAGGCACUCGAAUCAUCUAUGGUCGUAAGUUUUUGCUGGAUCGUCGCAAUUCCCCUGUUGCUCAGACACCACCACGCAACCUCCCCAUCAUUCCUGGAGUCACCAGUCCUGGUGCCAUAUCUGAUGAUUCUAAAGUAGAAGCCAACAGUGUACAUCAAAGUAACGGGAGACCUUCCCUGCCGGAUGAUGCUCAGUUUGAGAUGGAUAUCUGAGUUCAUCAUAUUCCAGAAAUCGCAAAGGGGAGGAAGAAUGACAUCAUCCUGAUUCACGAUGUGGCAAUCACAGUUUGGUAUUACUGUAACAAACCAUCACAGCAGUCUCACUUGGAAAGCAUCCAUCUUCUGAUUGUCAGAAAUUUUAGCAGGAGCUGUAUUGAAAACAACUGUCCCUUCUUAUUUUUAUUAAUUUUGUUGGUCUGCAUUAGACCUCUGGUUAAACAUUCUUGUUUUAGGGAUAAGUUUGAAUUUAAUGGAACUACAAAAAUGUUCUUUUACAUAGGUUGGUGUGACUUGAUCACAUUUUUAAGAAAAUUGCUUCUUUAUGACUAUUUUAUUAAUGGUUUUCCUUUUUGUAUGAGAAACAUCUAAGUGUCUGGGAUGAGAAGAUUAAGCAAACAACAUAUUGUAUGAGAGUAAUGGAUGCAGUAAUGUUUUUUCAAAAAUGGAAGUGUUUCUUAGGAUGUCUGAAAACAGUAAUGAGUGAACACCACUUCUCAACAUUUGUGAUUUAAAAUAUAUAGCAGGGACACUUAAAUUUUCAGAAAUGAUUGCUACAACUAGAGCCACAAAUGUAAAGGAUCAAGUGCCCGACUUUGUUAUAUGCUCAGCACAUCCAUUUUAAAUGAGAUUAAAUACAGAACAUCUGGAUUAUUGUAUACAUUCUUGCAGUUGCUACAGCCUAUUUCCAUCUAAGUGUGUUUUUUUUUUCUGCUUCCAUAUCCAGAAAUUACUUGGAUGUUAGGAUUAAUGUCAGUAGAGUUUGCUAGAGAAUUGAUUUUGGGUGCAUAUUUUUUCAUCUUGUGCAACAUUUUAAUGUUGACAUCUGCCAUGUACAGUUUUAUUUUCACAGUGUGGUCUUUGGUUGAUAAUGAUACACUUGUCAGAGUAUACCCUUUCUGUCAUUUGCAGUACAUUUACAUACCAAAUUUAGUAAAUGCUUAACUUUCUGGGUUUUUUAGAUUAUAAAAUGUUAGCAAUUUGCACAGCUAUACUACAUUUAAGUUAUGUAGAGGCAAACAUUUGGUUUUCAGUGUUGCAGUUAGAAAAAGGAACUUUAGUUAGCUUUUGAAAAGCAGUUGUAAGGGUUAAUUUUUGUUUUAGUUAUAUGCUUAUCAUUUUAAAAGGAAAUGUUUGAUGGAACAAACAACCAUGUCCAUAGGAAGAGUUUGUAAAUGAGUUUUUGUUUGCUAUAACCUUGUAUUUGUUCAUGAAGUUUGGUUAACAAUUUGUUCUUAAGCCUUUCAUACAUAACACACUGUUUAUAGUGAAAUUUCUGUAGCUGUAAGGCAGUGUUAGAAAUGAGCAGAGUGAUCUGGUAUCACCCAGUGUUUGUAGAAAAUCAGCUUAGUGGCUUAGACAUGGGUUAUAUUAGUAAGAAGUCCAGAAUUUUGUGCUUGGGUCUUCAUAAUGGAGUGGAGACAUUUCAUUUUCCCAAACAUGUGAAGAAUGAUGUUUAGUAAGGGGUAUAUAGAGCAAAGACCACCCCACCUGGAUGGAUGGGCAUCAAAAGCUUGGGUGGUGGUGUUUAGCAUUUGUAUGAAACUGUUGUGUUUUGUACUAGUGAAAGUGGGAGUUUGCUUUAUGCUCUAGACAUUGUAUAAUCCAAACUCAAAACAGAGUGCAAUAAUAGAGAACCAGGGUUUAAAAUUAGUCAUUUAAAAACGCCAAAAAUGUCAUGUAAUGGAAAAGCCUUUAAUGCUGAUUAAUGAUUUUUCCACUAUAUGGCAUUUCCAGCAUAUUUUUGUGAUUAUGUAAUAAUACAUUGCUUCUAAGUUGUUAAUAAUAUGUUGUUUGCAAGUUGUUGUUGCCGAUUCAUAAGUGAAGUACAUCAACUCCAGAGACAAUUGUAUCAUAUGCAACUUCAUCAGGAAUUGGACAGGACUAGUGUGUUGACAUGCAAUGAAUGGUAAAGACAUGUAGGCGUUUCUUUUGAAAACAGAGCUUGAUUUUUUUUUUAAUUACGGAUGCUCAUUGAUAACAUUGCAAUACUUUCUCAUAAAAAAUGGUACCCAUUUGUCUGGCAAUUGAGUUCAGGUCUUGACAGUAAUUGUCAUUUGUAGGUACUAAAAAAUAUAACAGUGUUGAAUUCUGUAUUUAGUCACUGGGUGGGUAGGGGGAUGCUGUGUUUCAAGAUUUCUGGUGCUGAACAGCAUCUGAUUCCUGUUUUUCUCUCCGUUCUUGUUGAGCACAUAGAAAUGAGAAGUAUGCGACAAUAAUGUAGAGAGUUGGUUGGUGCUUGAGUUUUCAUUUCUGUUUAUCUGAAUGUAUUUUGUGCUGUGUGUCAUGAGAAAGAACAGAUGUUACUAGCUACAAGAAACAGCAUUUACUUCUGAAAUGUAAGUGAUGCAUUUAAGAAACUUCUUUAUUUUAGUGCCAUCAUAGACAAACUUGCACAGUCUGAAAGUUACUUAACAAAUAGAAGCAUUAAACAUUGAAAGACAGCUGAGGCUUGUGUUUCCUGCUACGUUUCACUGGUUUAUUUCCCCUGCUGAAGAUAUUCACAGCACAAACAAUGUCAGUUUUGUUCUUCAUUCACUGUAAACUUGGCCCCAGUAAUGAUUUGGCAGGCAAAAUAAUGAGGAAAUGUGAAUGUUAGUCAAAGAAUUAUGCUUCGGAAUGGUGGGGGGGGGGGUGCAGGGGGGGCUUACCUCCCUGCUAAAAAGCUUGAAAUCAUGUUCACAUAAAAUGGCCUUCAGCUAAUCACGUUUGUGCAUUCCUCUAUUGAAGAAUAGUCCUUCAAAUAAUCAUAAAGCCAAUAAAAAAGCCUUUGUUGAUACUUAUACCACAUUUUGAUUUUGGUUACAGGGCUCUAUAUGUUUGACAGGACAGAGAAAAGCAAAACUUGUAAAAUACUUUUGCUCUCAGUAAAAUGGUGAACACCGUGCUACAAGUAAAAUGGUGAACACCGUGCUACAAGUAAAAUGGUGAACACCGUGCUACAAGUAAAAUGGUGAGCCCUCAAUGGUUUCUGCAUGCUACAAGUAAAAUGGUGAGCCCUCAAUGGUUUCUGCAUGCUAUCAGUAAAAUGGUGAGCCCUCAAUGGUUUGUUCAUGCUCUCAGUAAAAUGUUGAACACCGUGCUACAAGUAAAAUGUUGAACACCGUGCUACAAGUAAAAUGGUAAACACCGUGCUACAAGUAAAAUGGUAAACACCGUGCUACAAGUAAAAUGGUGAACACCGUGCUACAAGUAAAAUGGUGAACACCGUGCUACAAGUAAAAUGGUGAACACCGUGCUACAAGUAAAAUGGUGAACACCGUGCUACAAGUAAAAUGGUGAACCCUCAAUGGUUUGUUCAUGCUCUCAGUAAAAUGUUGAACACCGUGCUACAAGUAAAAUGUUGAACACCGUGCUACAAGUAAAAUGGUAAACACCGUGCUACAAGUAAAAUGGUAAACACCGUGCUACAAGUAAAAUGGUAAACACCGUGCUACAAGUAAAAUGGUAAACACCGUGCUACAAGUAAAAUGGUGAACACCGUGCUACAAGUAAAAUGGUGAGCCCUCAAUGGUUUCUGCAUGCUAUCAGUAAAAUGGUGAGCCCUCAGUGGUUUGUUCAUGCUGUCUGUAAAAUGCUGAACACCGUGCUACAAGUAAAAUGGUGAGCCCUCAGUGGUUUGUUCAUGCUACAAGUAAAAUGGUGAGCCCUCAGUGGUUUGUUCAUGCUGUCAGUAAAAUGCUGAACACCAUGCUACAAGUAAAAUGGUGAGCCCUCAGUGGUUUGUUCAUGCUGUCUGUAAAAUGCUGAACACCAUGCUACAAGUAAAAUGGUGAGCCCUCAGUGGUUUGUUCAUGCUACAAGUAAAAUGGUGAGCCCUCAGUGGUUUGUUCAUGCUGUCAGUAAAAUGCUGAACACCAUGCUACAAGUAAAAUGGUGAGCCCUCAAUGGUUUGUUCAUGCUGUCAGUAAAAUGGUGAGCCCUCAAUGGUUUGUUCAUGUUAUCAGUAAAAUGGUGAGCCCUCAGUGGUUUGUUCAUGCUGUCAGUAAAAUGGUGAACACCGUGCUACAAGUAAAAUGGUGAGCCCUCAAUGGUUUGUGCAUACUGUCAGUAAAAUGGUGAGCCCUCAAUGGUUUGUUUAUGCUGUCAGUAAAAUCGUGAACACCAGCUGGUUCAUUCAUGUUGUCAAUAGAACUGCGAGCACCAUCUGGUUAGUCAGACAGUGCAUAUCUUUGGCCAUGCCUAGGUAAAUAGUGUCAUAUCUGCAACCUCUGCAGGGUCUGCAGAUGAAAAGAAGGGGUGAGGGAAAUGUUCUUUCUCUUGAUUUUGAAAAACAGUGCAUUGCUGCAAAUCAUAGAUGACAACUUUGUUGAAUUUCCGUUUCAUUUUAAGAAGUAGGUAUUGAACAUUUUGCUGUAUUGUGUACUGGGAAGUUUUAUAAAUGUGAAUUUAAUUGUAUAUCUUCUGUUUCCAUCCCCUUCUUAAAGCAGAGAAAGGCACAAUCUCUUAAACUGUUUUAUUUGGGAGUGGGGGAGUUACAGAUAUAAUUCUUAUAGUUACACACACCAUUUUUUUAUCAUCUUUUGAAGGUUGACCGUGCACACAAGAAGCAGCUUAGCAGUUGUAACUUGACCACAUUAAAUAGAAUAUUCUCAUUUUUCUUACAUUAAGGUUUGUCCAUCCAUAUUUUAUAGAAACACUGCUUCUUACUUACACGGUAUUUAUAGCGUCUGCUGCAGAUAGAAAGCUUAUUAAUCUUAAACAGACGUCCUGCCUGAAAUUUAUUUGGAGCUCCGUCAUAUGUGAAAGCAACCAAAUAUGGGUAGAUUACUGCCUCCCAUGAGGGGUGUUUAUCCUUGACGGCCACUGUUUGUGAUGGUUCUCCCUUGUCAUUCUUUUAGCCUUAUUUUAUAAUCUCUUCAUGUUAUGGACCAAGUAACACUGUACACCAAAGCUGCAGGCUCGAAACUAAGCAGUGUGUACUUCCUCCUCCUGUAUGGUGAUAACCAGGGGAGACCCUAGUUUCCUGUUUCUUGUGGCCUGGUAUCUGCAUUUAGUGCACUUGCAUGUACCAGAGUGUAUGUUUCAGUGCUUCCAUGUACACUGUGUUGCAUUUUGGUGUCAUGAUGUCUCUGAUGGGAAAGUGAGAAGGCGAUGGUUACUAUUCUACUUCAACAAAAUAAAAGCUUUGUAAGUAUCUCAGACAGUUCUGCAAGUUUAAGAAGCACUCAGCUGUCCCAUUCCCAAUACAGGUGCUUAGAUCCGAAUUUUUCAUACUUAACACCAGCAAUUCCGAUUGUACUCCAGUGUUGCUUUUUAACCCAAAGUGGUUUUAUUGCUUCGAAAGUAAGUGUUAUUGUAUUGUAUUAUCUGUCUGGCAGAGUAGUGGAUUUAGGCUGUGAGCUCUUAAUAGGCUGCUUCCUGUAGUCCAGGGUUUAAUUCACUCAGCCUCCAUUUGCCUACUACUAUUUUUUUAAACUGUUCAUCUUGAAUGUGGAGCAGUACAGUGCAGAAGGACUGACCAGUUUGUCUGCUUUAUGCCACCGAACACUGCAGCAUGAGGCUGUGACACCACAUUUGACUAAAAGUUGCCACAGUAUGUCCUUCGAAUUUAGUUGGUGAUCUCACUGUCAGAAUCCAUAUUACCAGUGCUUGCUAUAACAAAAGGAAAUUCCAUGUUUCCAGAAACAUUAAAAUGAAUGCAUAUAUAUACAUAUAUACAUACACUUUCUUGUAUGUAUAUGUGCAUAUUUGUGUGUGUGUGUACAUGUAUACAUAAUAUAGAUGUAUAAAAUAUGUACUUGUGUGUAUGAUGUAUUCACACAUAUACAAAAUAUAUAUCCUUUCGGUAUUCACGUGGCUCCUUUUUCCUCUCAGAAGGAGAUUAAGCACAUUCUUUCAGGCAAGUUUGUGGCAUUCAGCCAGACAUCGCUGGUAUGCCAGUCCUUUACUCACACACACCUGUCAACUGUUUAAUGGAUCUGCAGGUCUUUUGUUGGCAUGUCAUUGGGAUCACAGUUCCUCUGUUGGCAUUUUUUUUUUUAUUGUGUGAAGAAACCCUAACAAAAACCCACAUCAGCACAGGAAAGACAUGUAAACUCCACACAAAAGACAGUCCCAUUUGGGAAUCCAGUGGAUAACCAAGUGGUGUGAUGCAGCUACACCAGUGUGCUGUCUGUAUACACAUGCAUCCUGUGUGUGUGUAUAUUUAUAUGUGGGGCCAUGUUAGAACAUCAGUUUGCCAGAGGGUUUCAUUGCAUUUGUAAUGCAACCUUCCAUAUUGUUUUCUCAGGUUAUAGCUUCUGCAGAAAAGUGGCGCCGGCCUUUAGUGGUGCACAGGUGGCGCCGGCCUUUAGUGGUGCACAGGUGGCGCCGGCCUUUAGUGGUGCACAGGUGGCGCCGGCCUUUAGUGGUGCACAGGUGGCGCCGGCCUUUAGUGGUGCACAGGUAGCACCAGCCUUUAGUGGUGCACAGGUGGCGCCGGCCUUUAGUGGUGCACAGGUAGCACCAGCCUUUAGUGGUGCACAGGUAGCACCAGCCUUUAGUGGUGCACGGGUGGCGCCGGCCUUUAGUAGUGCACCUAGAGUAUUUUUAUUUAACACUGUUCUUGCAUUCUGCAGGUUGAGUUCUAUCUUGUACUGCUUGUUCUUCAGUUGACAGUCAGUUACAUGUUUUUGCAUAAACCAUAUUUGUUUGUCAGCCUCUGGCCAGAGCAGACUGCCUAAUGCCAGUUCCGAGUUUGAGUGUUGCUACAACAGGAACACAGAGAAGGUUGUUAAGAUGUCUAUCUGCUACUUUUAAUCAGCAGAUCACAUUGUAACAGUGAGUCAUAUCUUCAUAAUAUGCCAGUUUUGUCUUGUGUAAUGUGUCUUUUUACCUUGCGUACUCUGUGGGAGAUGUUUAGGUGUGACUUCAUGGAAAUGCCGCAGGAUCUCUUUACAAAGAAUACCUGUGGGUGGUGGUUGUCAUGGUUACUGAUUUAGUUGACACUGGAUUGCAUCAUAUGUCUUUGGUCAGACUUGGGUCUCAGUGAUCUCUGUAUUCGGUAUAGGAAAUUUCAUGUGUGAUGGUGAUGAGAUUUGCUUUCUUCUCUUGAAGAUUAGUGGUUAUCAUAUACAAGUACAUCCAUUUUAUGGCCAGUUACUGAACAUUCCAGUGAAAAUGGUUCUGUUUCAGAGCAUUGCUGUAAUUUUUGUAGACUUACCUGUAUUCACUCUCAGCUGUUAUAUUCAUAUGAAUUUUGACAUUUUUUCUCAUCCAUCUUUUUAAAAAGUGUUAAACCUAAGCAACUUUGAAGUUUCAUAACUAAUAACAAAGCAUUUCUUUUUACUUUUUUUUUACUUUUUUUUUCUCCACUUAACUUUCAUUUUGGUAGUUGUCUAGUGCCAUGUGUCCUUUGCAGGGACUCUUUCUCCCCAAGCCCAUUGUCCAAAUUUGAGCCAGGGUCGCAAGGAUCCUAAGACAUCUGGAGGUUUUUACCUUAUGAGCUGCCCCCCCCCCCCGCGGUUCCUGUGGAGAAGUCUGAUGCAGGCAACGUUCCACCCCACCUUUGCAGCAGCUCAGCCAUUCUCCAAUUACUACCCCCUUAUGGACACACCUCACAAUAAGGGCAUUCUGGCUCCACCAGGGAUUGCUGUCAGGGAUGCUGCCCCCCAGGAUUGUAAUACCCAUCUCUCCUCACUGCCCCCAUCAAUCACCCAGACUACUAAUCAGACCUGGGUCAGCUGACCCAUAGUCAGGGCUUUAUCUACCUCCACGACUGAUGUGAAUGGAUGGAGCAUUGGUGCAGCAGUUUGGGUUUUCACCUCACAGCAAGAAGUUUUCCGAUUCAGUUCUUGGCUGGGCUGCCUUCUGUGUGGAAUCUACAUGUCCUCCUUGAGUUCGUGUGGGUUUCCGCCUACCUUACAAAGGCAUAUGUCUAAAGCAUUUCUCCCUGGGCCUCCACUGCAAAUUGACUCGUUCCAAGUUGGAUUUUCCUGGUAAACAAGUGUUAAGUAAAUAAAUUAAAUAAAUGAUAUGAGUAAUGUAGCAUGUGAACGUGGAAUACAGCGAAAUAUUGCAUAGAUGCUUCAAGAAUACAGAUUAAGAUAGAUUAGUAUUAGGCUAACUGCCCUUGUGGGCCAUUUUUAAGCCUAGCCAAUUACUCCAUGUGAGAAUCAAACCCUGCACCUUAUGUCUGUAAGGUAAACACCUUAACUGUUAUACCAACCCCUCACCCCUAUACAUGAUUAAUACAUGGUAUAUUUAAUGAAGUCAUGGAAAUUUAACCAAGAACAAAUAUUUUUAAUAAACAUUUUUGUCACCCAACUAUUUCUGCAGGAUCUCAAUAACAGAGUAUUCAGAGCCAACCUGAAUAUCUUGAAAAAGAAGAGAAAUGGAAGUGUAACUGCAGAAUAUGUCUUAAUGAUGUUUAAGCCAGUAGUUUACACGUUUCCGUUUACAAUUUCCAGUAAUUGUGUCAUUAGUGAUGGUCUUUUAGCGCACAGGACACAGAAACUGGAAAUAUCAAGCGCUGAAUAGCCUAAUAUUGAAGAGACCUGGUUGCUACUUUAAGUACUACUAAUCUGAACCAAGCUGCCUACAUCAUAUCAAACUUGGUAUGUACGGUCUGCCUUCCUUUUACAGAAAUUGGGGAGGAGCCUUAAAUCUGAUCACCCGCUGUACAGGAUUGAGAACAUCCGAGUCAGUGUCUCAAAGGUGACAGAACUAAAUGUGGGGACUGUUUUGACAGUGCCAUGCUGUUCCACCAGUGCUUUCCUGUGAGAAGGUUUGAGUACAGCAGAGAUUGUAUGUGGUGGUUAAAGCCACCAGUCCCAGAGUUUCAGCCAACAAUGAAAGCCAUGUUGAUGUACAAGCAGGUCGUCACAUUGGUGGUGGAAACUACUCUGCAAAUUUGUUUUCAGAUACAUUCUCACAACAUAUGCCAAGGAGCUGAAGUAGGGUACUUACUUUGGAAAAUGUUAGACUCUAAAUGCAUCAGCUCUGAAGUUCUGUCCCCUUUUACAUCACCAGGGUAUCCCUGAAAGAAGCCUUGUACAUCUUUGGUAGCUUUACACUUUACCAUUUUCAGGCUGUUUUAUUUUGACGGAUAUUGUCUCUGAAAAGAAGCUCAACUUGUAUGCAUGUUAAUGUACAUGCUUGCAGCAUUUUUAGAAGUGUAUAGAGUUUGUGUCUGAACUGUGAAUUUUGGUAUGCUUUUCAACAAGCACAUCACAUACCACUUAAACAGAUGCUUCUUUUAGAUGGAUGUGGAAGAACUACUGACUUGCUGUGACAGAGAAAUUUCUGUUUGACAGGCGCAUAAAACGUAUUUGUUUUGCAUCUUCAUGUUAUGCAAAACUGCUGCUUACUUGUUUGAACUAGGACCCUGGUGGGUUUUGGGUGAAAUUCCUGUUUUGCUCUACUUUGUUCAAUAGUGAGGAUAUUUGAUUAUUCUGGCCACUGUAUUCUUCAUGGCUUAUUUCUGUACUGUCCGGUUCCUGUGAUGUAAUUGUUGGUAGUUGGUAGAUGCACUUUCGGCAUGCAUCCGCUAGUGGUUUCGGGAAUACCAGACCCCAUGGCCCCUUUCUCUCCUUAUUUGCAUACACAUUCCAACUGAUUCCAAGCCUAGAGGGGACUAUAGGUUUUGCAGUACCCUCUAUCAGGGUAUGUAUUCCUGCUUACUUCAGAAUUUUUUGUUUGAACUCUUGACUGUAAUUUAGACAUUGUUUUACAAAGAAGAAAUGAAAAAUGCUGCUCAAGUUUUUGAGUAAAUGGUGAGAAAAGUAUUGCGAGUAAUACUUUUCUUAGUGUCUUGUGUUUUCCUUAUACAUAUAUUUACUUUCAACUUUUUUUUUUAUCAGUUUGAAUAGGUUUUUGUCAAUAACACAGAUUUUUUUAAACCAUUGUAGGAUGGGGGAUAUACCUUCCUUUUAUGAAUGUAUUCAUUUGCUUAUAAUCCCUUGCAUACUCAUCCAGAAAGGAUUUGCCUUGUGUAGUGAAUUUGCAAAGUGUUAUUCAGACUGUGUGAACCCUUGUACUCCAACACGGGACAUCACAAUGUCGUUCUGCUGGUGGUGUGCCUACCUUCUAAAAAUAUGGCGAGAUUAAUUAAUACACUGAGGCAAGGAUAAUCAGAAGGUGAAAUCCCACCAGUUUCUCAAUGCAGACGGUUUUGUAAUAAAUUGGCCAAUAUGGUGUGACAUGUUAUCCCCAAGCCACUGUUCUAGUAACUCAACUCUCUGGUUCAUUUUUUUGAAAUGUACUUUGUUUAAGCUGCUUUAUGAAGUUGAAAUUUUGUGAAAAACGAUAUUGUGUUGCCCUGCUGUAAAACCUCCACCAUAAUGUCUACUACUACCCAUCUGCUUGGAGAAGCUGGGAGUGGGGAAGUAGGAUUCAUUUUCUGCUAGAUAUUUAAAUAAUGUAGCAGUAAAUAAGUGGGGGUGAUUUUGCACAGUACGAGUAUUUGUUUCCCUUCUUUCUUCUGGUCUGUACUCUCUGUUUGUUAGAGAACCAUGAAUUUGAGCACUUCAUCAUCUUUAUAAUGGUGACCGUUACAGAAGAGGAGCACUUAAUUUUUAAAUUGAAAUUUUUGAUGGAGUGAUUUGAUCUCCAUGGUGCUGUCAUCAUCCCAUCCUCCAUAUUACUUGGUUACUACAGUCCUCUUGUUUUUCAUUUCUCCACAUGCUGUCAUACUGUGGCAGCCCAGGCACCAGUGCUGAACAUUCUGUUUUUGAUUUUUGAAUAUUUGCUCCAUUUGUUCUGUCUUGUGUAGAUGCUAUGAUGAUAUUUUAUUUGGGGAGGUGGUAAUUGUCUGUUCUAGGUUUUUGAGGCCUUGAAAAUGUUUUAAAAGUGUGGUCUACACCACCUGCUGAUAUCUUUCAAAUGUAUGAACUUCAGUAUUGUCUGACUCUUACUUCUUGGGGCUGGGAUGCACUGAUACAUUUUUCUUGCACAUUUUCCAGUAACUAAUUUUAUAAAUGUUUUAAUGGUGUAUACGGGACAGUUUAAUAUUGUGACGAGCCUGGUGAAACAGUUUAAUUCUAAGAAAAGAGCCAAGUGAACUAGUGCUCUUUUGCUAGGAGCAGGUGCCAUCGUAGGAAGUGAGAUGGGAACAUUUUCUAAAGCACACAAAGAUCAUUUCUGAUUUAGAAAGCAUCCUGGGCAAGAAGAGACAUGGAGUCUUGUUUUAUCUUUGCUGCAGAAUGCAGAGCUGAUUAGUCAUCCCUCCCACACAUCUUUUUUCAUUUCUGUUUUCUCUCUCCAUCUUGUUGUGUUCAUACAGGAAAAAAAUGUGUUACAGUGGCAGUAUUGGGAAUCUUUUCAUUUUUCCCUGAAUGUUAAUUUAUCUCUCUUUGCAUCGUAAUCCUGACAGGUGGUAGCACUGUUUGUGCAGCAACCAGGCUAGUGAUUUUUGCUGAAUUUUCCAAAGUUAUGCGGAAAGUAGGGGAUAUUUUUUCACUUCAAAUGCAUAACUUAUUCAGUGGAUUUAUAAUCCUUUACAAAAAAAAAAAAAAGGGUCAUGCAGACUGCUGGAAAAUCAGCUUCUGAAGUAAUGCUACUAGUAAACUCAGGUGUGUUGUAUAGCAGCAAAGACACAAACAGCUGCUGAAGUCUGUGACUGUGGUUGUCCAGAUGUUGGCCUCUUGUGUUUUUCUCAGUAAUUUAAAUAUGAAAAACAACACCAUUCCUAUGAAGACUCAAACCUUGAAUUUGAAUGCCUUUGGAGAUGUUUAAUAUAUAUAUAAAUAAAAGAUUUGUGCACGGAAAAAGGUUUGAUAUUUGAUAUCAUUAUAAAUCACAUAUCUUCCCAGAUGUAACCUGUAGCCUUUCUGAAGAUAUAGACUAUUUUAACAAAUGUUACUGGAGAAUUAGGUUCUCUGGCAAACAAACUGAAUUUAGUAAUGGACAUUCUUAAUGGUUUAGUAGAAGCAGCUUGGAGCUUGUAGCGGUUUUUGUAGAUACUAGCAAACACCGUUUGAUGCACUUUGUAAAAGCUGGUAUGCUCCGUCACCUAUUUAAACAGAUCUACUUAGUGGUUUGAAAUUUGUUUUUACAAUUUUAAUAUGUAAGGUUGGUAAUAUAUUAAUGCACUUUGAAGAAGUGAACUGAAGGGGUUUUGUCUAAUCAUGUCCAGUUCAUCUUGUAUUUCCCUGUUUUCCAUCCUUCAUGUUGACUAAGGCUAAAAUGGCAGCACCCAUCCAUACUAGAGAAAGAUGUUUGUUUGAUAGCCAAGAUUAAUGGCUCUCCCAGUGACCUGAUACUGUUAUAAGUAUUAGGUGGUCAUUAUUUUGGGAUACCAUGGACACCCAGCUGUAAGGUGCCGACAGAGUAGCAAUUCUGUACAUGUGCCUCCUAUUACUUAGUGUACUGUUGGUGUGUAUUGCACCAUGGUCCUUUAGGACUGAUGCAGGUCUGUAACAUUGCUUCUGGACACUUCAGACUUAGCUCUAUGCCCUUAACACACACAUACACAUACAGUAUUCUGAUAUUCAUGUCUAUUAAGCUGUUUGGUGCCUCUGCCAAUUUAGCUUUGAAAUAAGAUUACCUUUGCUCUGCAUUUGUUUUGUUUCACAGAGGGUGUAUGUUUGAUGAAUUUUCAUUUGGAAUAAGAGAGAAAAAGAUGUGGUCAGCUUCUCCUCUUUUGAAAGAAAAUAAAAAUGGAUUUGUAAAUGAAUGAACAUUUUCAAGAUUUGAUGAAAAUGUUAGAAACGUAUAUUAUUUUUAAUAACCUUUUUGCUUAGAAAUCAUUUCUACAAAUUUACAUUUGGAAGAUAUAUGCAUACAUUUAGUCUUCAUUUCUUUUUCUCUAAUGCUUGUGCUGGACUAUGAAAUUAGGAUUGUCAUUCCUGGGGUGAGUAUCCCCAUGUGACAUAUUUUACAAUGUUCUAUUUCUUUUUUAAUCAUUUUAACACACAAAUAUAUUAUAAAAAUGAACUUUGGCUGAACACAAUGGAUACUGUUACAUUGAGAUCAAUAAAAUAAUUCCUUGAAUGGAUAUCAAAACUG